CCCCUUUGCACAGGAUUCACCAUUAGAAGUUCAUUUUUCUGCAUGGAGCCAAAGUCUUUUUUUUUUUCCUUCUGUGCCAAACAAACUCACAAAAAUGUGCCAGUAUAAUCCAUAAAUGAACUGCAAACAGUUCAGUGCUGCAGAUCUGCUGGUGAGCUUCUGCAUGGCCUUGCUCCUGCAGGCCAGGACUGCACAGUGAUUAGAGAAAUUAAUAGCUGGAAAUGUCAGAGCCUUGUUUGCAAAGCUGGGGCUGCUGUCAGGAGUUGGCUCUGUCUGUGCUUUUCCAAACUUCCAUACAGUGCAUGCACGAGGACAUUUCCUCAGACCAUGAGGAAUUUUGGGGCCACUUUUUCCAAGCUUAACCUGGUGAGGUAAGGUUGUUCUCUUCUUUUGCUUUUUUCCCAGACUGGCACUUUCUCACUGGUUCUGGUCUUUAAUUGGUUUUUAUUUGUUUGGUUGGUUUUUCUUUUUUCUUCUCUUCUUGAAAUAAAGGAAUAUUUGAAAGAUUGCUCAAAGCAGUUUAGUAAUCCAUACACAAGCCUCAGCAUUCCAAUUAAGGACUAAGUAUAAUUCUUAAAUAUGGGCAACACAGGCAAGGGUCUAAGUUGUGCAAGUGGCACAUUGUGAACAUGCUUUGGCAUGUUUUGUAAUGUCUGUGGAGAAUUUUAUAUAGAAAACACCAUAAACUUCAUAGGAGUUCAGUGACACAAGAAGUUGUUUGGACCCCUGCAUUGGGAUUAGUUCUAAAGCAUGGGAGUAGAAAAAUGAAAACAAAGCACAAAGUGAAUUUAGCUUGCCCUUAAACAUAAUGGGUUCAAAAUAAGGCAUCCCUUUAAUCCCUUGCCAGUAUAAAAAAAAUCAUUAGAUAAAAAUUACCCACAGAAGUGUAUUGCUGGGGUACAAAAAGAAAAAUUAAGUGCCUUCCUUACUCACUAAUGUCAAGCAGUACAUUUGGCAGUUUAUAACAGCUGAUAAUCACACAGGAGACAUUAGGGAAGGAAAUACUUCAAAUUCAGGAAAUUAAAAUAUCUGUGCUGAUUGAUCCUGAUUUGUUGGAACUGCUUAUCUGCUGGCACAAUGGUGGAUUUUAAAAGUGGUUACAAAAUAGGAAAUCACAGCAGUUGAGUUGCUUUAUCCGUUCACACUCGGGAGCUCUGCAAAGGAAGCCUGCUUUGCAUUCCCAUGGGCUUUGCUUUCCAGACAAGACUGUUCAAAUACUUGACUUAUGGUCAUCACAAUUUUGGUGUCUGUGGGCUUUACUUGGCUGAACUUUUUUUUCCCUGAAGGUCUUUUCACUCCGGUUUUGGGCUGGCUGAUCUCUCCUGUCUGCCAGACGCUAUUCCUGGUUUCUGCAAAGCUGCCUCUGCUCCUUGUGCUCGAUGCUCAGCUGACUGAAAGCUCAAACUGGUGCUGCACCACCACCAGGGGAAUUGAGGACUCCCAGGAAAACCUCUCCUGCCUCGGGGUGUUUAUGAUGUGGGGAACAGAACAUGCUUGAAGAGCUAUUAAUUCAUAAGCCAGAUGAUCCCAUUGAGUUCAUGAUAAACCACUUAAAGCAAAACAAUGAUGAUGCUCCAAGAAUUUGUGUCCUUGGUCCACCUGCUUCUGGGAAAACUACAGUUGCAAUGUGGCUUUGUAAACAUUUCAAUGCCAUACGUGUCUCUCAGGAGACUUUGUUAUUCAAGGAAGUAUUAAUGCAGACAGAGGAAGCAAAGGCAUAUAAAGAAAGAAACCAGAAAAUUCCCAACGCGCUUUGGGCCAAUCUGAUCCAGGAACGUCUGUCAAACGUGGACUGCAUCAAACAAGGAUGGAUUUUGGAAGGCUUUCCUGAAAAUCAGGAACAGGCAUGGAUGCUGCAAUCAUCUGGCAUUUUUCCUAGGCAUGUUGUUAUGCUCUAUGCCCCAGACACUGUGCUGAUUGAGAGGAGUGGUGGGAAAAGGCUUGAUCCCCUCACACAAGAGGUUUUCCACACAACCUUUGACUGGCCAAGUGACCCCCAGGUGCAGCAGAGGUUGGUGAAACCAGAAGAUCUCUCAGAGCAGGAGGUGUCCAAGAAGCUGCUGGAAUAUCACAGAAACUUCCCCGAGAUUUUCCACAUCUACCAGAAAGUUCUGAAAUCCAUCAAUGCAGACCAGCCCUCCGUGGAUGUUCUCUCUCAGGUUCUUGCCUUUGUCCAAACCCGCCACCGAUCUGCUGCUCCCUUCACUCCCCGGAUUCUCUUUUUUGGCCCCCCAGGCAGUGGGAAGAGCCUGCAGGCAGCACUAAUAGCUCAGAAAUAUGAUCUUGUCAACAUUUGCUGUGGGCAACUGCUAAAGGAAGCUGUUGCAGACAACACAAAACUUGGAGAACUCGUUAAGCCUUACAUUGACAGUGGAUGCCCAGUGCCAGACAACCUUGUCCUGAAGCUGCUGACAGAACGCCUGAGCGCCCUCGACUGCCUGAGCAAUGGCUGGGUGCUCUCUGGCUUCCCCAGGGACGUGAAGCAGGGGGAGCAGCUGCACAAAGCACAGAUUAAUCCCAACAGGGUAUUCUUCUUUAAUCUCCCCUACGAGUCCAUCAUGGAGCGCCUGUCCCAGCGGAGGACGGAUCCUGUCACUGGGGAGAGAUACCACACCACAUUCAGACCAGCUCCCACUCCAGAGAUCCAGGCCAGGCUCAGGCAGAACCCCAAGGAUGAGGAAGAAAAUAUUGAGAAGCGCCUGGACAUCUAUUACAGCAAUGUCAAGGCCCUGGAGGAUUUUUACCAAGAUGCCUUUUAUGUCAAUGCUGACCAAGACCCUUAUGUUAUCUUUGAGUUCAUAGAAAGCUGUAUCAUUAAGCCCCUUCCGUGUAAAAAACAUUAGAAGUUUAUCAUUUAAAGGGAUGAUUUGUGGAAGAGUUGAUUUU